AGUUCACUUUUGGAGCUCAUACCGAGCAGUCGAUCGCAAGCGAACUCGAGCGCUAGUCGCACUUUCUCCAAGAGAUCGUUACGAUUUUUGAAAACAUAAAAAAGUGAAGAAAAGAAACACUCGUCAAAUCAAAAUUUAAAUAUGUUUUAAGCUCGGCAGCAAAUCUACAAAAUUAUAUGUGUUACAUUUGUCAUCAAAAUUCGGUAUAGCUCCCCCACAUUCAAAACGCGUUAAAUAGUUAACCAAAAAAAAAAAAAAGAAAAAAAAAUAGAUAUCGUGCGGUGCUGUGUUAUGCGGAGUCCAUUUUUUUGUUAUAGCCAAAAUUUCUAGUUUUAUGGUGUGCUUAAGGCCGCUGUUGCUGCUGCCCCAUCCCGUUGUGCAUAUCUCUACAUAAGCACCCAAAAAUAUUUAGUUUACUCAAAAUCCACAUCCAAAAUGCUGGAAGACGACAAUUCAGAUUUGUUGGUUUGUGCCACAGAGUUUAAAGAAGAUCGCCUAUUCUUUGUGGUAUUUAAGAAGAAUAUCAAGCCAAAGAAUACGGCCAGCACACAUUACUUUAGCAUAGACGAUGAGUUUGUCUAUGAGAAUUUUUACAAUGAUUUCGGGCCACUUAAUAUAUGCAUACUGUAUCGGUACUGCAUGAAGCUCAACAGCAAACUGAGUGCCAAGAGUCACGCGAACAAGAAAAUCGUGCACUACACCUCCAUGAAUCCGGCUAAGCGUCUCAAUGCGGCCUACCUGAUUGGUUCGUAUGCAAUAAUUUACCUGAAUAAAUCGCCCGAUGUGGCGUACAGAUUGCUAGCGGGCCCCGAGGUGCCGGCAUAUACUCGCUUCUGUGAUGCGAGCUACGGACCCAGCAACUUUAAGAUCUCGCUGCUCGACUGUCUCAAUGCCAUACACAAGAGCCUGCAGGCGGGCUUCCUUAACUUCAACGACUUUGACGCGGAAGAGUAUGAGUACUUUGAGCGAGUGGAGAACGGGGAUUUCAAUUGGAUAGUGCCGCAAAAGUUUAUCGCCUUCUGUGGACCACACCAGAAAUCGAAAACUCUGCCCAAUGGCUAUCCGUGCCAUGCGCCAGAGCGUUAUUUCACCUACUUCAGGGACAACAAUGUGACGACAGUUAUUCGGCUAAACGCCAAAGUCUAUCAUGCCUCAUCGUUCGAGAAUGCUGGCUUCGAGCAUAGGGACUUGUUCUUUAUCGAUGGCAGCACGCCCAGCGAUACGAUACUCAAGAAAUUCUUGUCCAUCUGCGAGACGACAAAGGGCGCCAUUGCGGUGCACUGCAAGGCGGGCCUGGGACGCACCGGCAGCCUAAUCGGAGCCUACAUUAUGAAGCAUUACGGCUUCACGGCGCUAGAGGCGAUUGCCUGGCUGCGCCUCUGUCGCCCCGGCUCCGUCAUAGGUCAUCAGCAGCAAUGGAUGGAGGACAAGCAGAGCUGGCUGUGGUCAGAGGGCGAACGGAUGCGUCGGCGCAUGGCUUUGCCGAUUUUACAGCACAAGUAUGGCAUCUACAGUAUUGAGCUGAAGGAGAAGCUGGCCAAGAACGAGUUGGAGGAGCAGAAGGCGGUGCCGUUGGCAACAUCGGAUCCCUUUGAGCAUGUCGACUUGUUGCUGACGCGGGUGAAGCGCAUCUCGCAGCGUGUGGACACAAUGCAUUUGCAUGAUCAAGACACCUUGGAUGGGGGAUGCGAUCAAACGGAUGAGGAGCUAUCCGAACAGCAGCUGGAACUGCAAGAGCUGCACUAUCAUUCCACGGACGAAGCCAAUUGCAAUGCCAGCGAUAAUGAUACGGACACGGCUAGUGCGCCCGCUGAACAGACACUCGGCUCUAGCUAUACGAUGUCGACACGCCGUCGCAAAUCGCCGUCGAAUGCCAACAAGCCCACGGUAAUCGCCACUUCGCUGCGUCGCCUGGUCAAUCCUGGGAGCAUGCGCAACACAAGCAGUGGUAAUAGCAGCGCCAUUGCCAGCAGUCUGGAGCCGGCUGGUAGCUGCACAGAGAAGAAGCUGCGCAAGCCAAGCAGCAAUGUCUUUGAAGCAGCGCGCCAUACAAUUGCAUCGUCCGUGCGCAUGUCCCAGACGGCGCUCGAGAAGAAGCAGAUGCAAACGCAGGGCGACAAACUGAAUCAGAUCAAGGCGUUGCGACGGCAUCAUUCGCGGGCUGUGAACAGCAACAACAGUGACUCGGAUCCAAUCCAACGGCAUACACGCGCACGUUCUCAGCCAUUUCGCAACAACAACAAUGUGGUGAAUGUGUCAACGUCAGCGCCUUUGGCUCUUAAAACCGUUAGUUGUUUACCGCCGACAACAGCGGCCACUGCAACAGUAACAACAGCAACAGCGUCUUCAACAGCAACAACAACAGCAUCAUCACAUAACCUUAACAACAACAACAACAACAACAACAACAACAGCAACUUUAAUAUAAACAACUCACUGCAUAAUUGUAACAAUAAUAGCACUAAUAACAACAACAUCAACAACAACAAUAUGCAAACCAGUACGGCCAGCCGCACACGCAGUCUGGCCAUCUAUAGCAAAAGACACAAGCCGUCUUAGCAUGUUGGCCAGCAUGAACAGUGGCAAUGGACGUACCAGCGACGAGCAGCCAGCCAACAGCAAAGAUCAGCAGCAGCAGCAGCA